CCCGUGCGCCGAGAGGUGGCUUCUCUGAAGGUGAAGCUGCGGCCUAGCCAAGAUGGCGGGCUAUCUGACCCACCAGCAGAAAGUGCUGCGGCUCUACAAGCGCUCGCUGCGGCACCUCGAGUCCUGGUGCAUCUUCCGAUCCCCUCUCGCAUUGGGGUUAAUGGCUCUUUGAGCAGAGCUGGUGGGAGCUGGCUACAGGGACAAGUAUCGGUACUUUGCCUGUCUAUUGAGAGCACGGUUUGAGGAACAUAAGGAUGAAAAAGAUAUGGUGAAAGCAACCAAGUUGCUAAUGGCAGCUGAAGAAGAAUUUUGGGAGAGACAGCAUCCUCAGCCGUACAUCUUUCCUGAUUCUCCAGGAGGCACAUCUUAUGAGAGAUAUGACUGCUACAAGGUAUCUGAAUGGGUCCUAAACUUGUGGCAUCCUUCAGAGAAGGCAAUGUACCCGGAUUACUUUGCUAAGCGAGAACAAUGGAAGAAGCUACGUAUGGAAAGCUGGGAGAAAGAGGUUCAGCAGCUUCAGGAAGAAACCCCAGCUGAUGGCCCCAGGACCGAAGCCCUGCCCCCAGCUCGCAAGGCGGGACAUCUGCCCCCUCUGUGGUGGCAUUAUGUUACUAGACCACGUGCGCGUCCAAUGUAAAAAAAUGCUAUUCUGUGUGUAAGAGAUUAUGACCUACAAAUAAAGCAUGUACUAUUGUGUUAAAUGUGUACAAUAAAGUGAAGUCUGGUGAAUGUGAA